AUGACAGACAGAGUGAGCUUCAGCACACCCAAAGUCAACCCCCGGCCCGUCGCAGGCCCCGUGCUCCCCCCAGAGCCCAUCGACAUUAUCCGCAUCAAGGCCCGCUCACGGCGGGUCAGGCUCAAUGUCGGAGGUCUCACGCAUGAAGUCCUGUGGAGAACGCUGGACCGGCUGCCCAGAACCCGUCUAGGACGGCUAAGAGACUGCAACACCCAUGAGUCGCUGCUGGAGAUCUGCGACGACUACAGCCUCACUGACAAUGAGUACUUCUUUGACCGGCACCCAGUGGCCUUCUCCUCUAUUCUCAACUUCUACCGAACGGGGAAGCUGCACAUGAUGGAGGAGAUGUGUGCCCUGUCCUUUGGCCAGGAGCUGGACUACUGGGGGAUCGACGAGAUCUACCUGGAGUCAUGCUGCCAGGCGCGGUACCACCAGAAGAAGGAGCAGAUGAAUGAGGAGCUGAGGAGGGAGGCAGAGACGCUCAGGGAGAAGGACGGUGAAGUGGAGGAGCACGGCUGCUGUCCCGACAAGAGACAGAAGCUCUGGGAUCUGCUGGAGAAGCCCAGCUCAUCUGUCGCUGCAAAGAUCUUGGCUAUGAUCUCCAUCUUGUUCAUCAUCAUUUCAACUAUCUCGUUGUCCCUCAACACUCUUCCGGAGCUCCAGGUGGUAGAUGAAUUUGGCCAGUUCAAUGACAACCCCAGCCUAGCCCAUGUGGAAGCUGUCUGCAUUGCCUGGUUCACCAUGGAGUACAUUCUCCGCUUGCUCUCAGCACCUAACAAGUGGAAUUUCAUUAAAGCACCACUGAAUAUCAUUGAUCUGCUGGCAAUCCUGCCUUACUAUGUGACCCUCUGCCUAACUGAGUCCAACAAGAGUGUGAUGCAGUUCCAGAAUGUGCGCCGUGUGGUCCAGAUUUUCCGAAUUAUGAGGAUCCUGAGGAUCCUGAAGCUUGCCAGGCACUCAACAGGACUCCAGUCUUUGGGCUUCACUUUGCGAAGGAGCUAUAAUGAGUUGGGUCUGCUGAUCCUCUUCUUAGCCAUGGGCAUCAUGAUCUUCUCUAGCUUGGUGUUCUUUGCUGAGAAGGAUGAGGACGCCACCAAAUUCACCAGCAUCCCUGCCUCUUUCUGGUGGGCUACCAUUACUAUGACCACUGUUGGUUAUGGAGACAUCUACCCACAAACUCUGCUGGGCAAGAUUGUAGGAGGGCUCUGCUGCAUAGCAGGUGUGUUGGUCAUUGCCCUUCCCAUCCCAAUCAUUGUCAACAACUUCUCUGAGUUCUACCGAGAGCAGAAGAGGCAAGAGAAGGCCAUUAAGAGGAGGGAAGCUCUUGAAAGAGCCAAAAGAAGUGGAAGUAUUAUUUCUAUUAACCUAAAAGAUGCUUUUGCACGUAGUAUGGAACUCACAGAUGUCUUGGUGGAAAAGAGAGAGGACAGUAAGUGUUCUGUGGACAAUCACCUGUCACCCAGCCGCUGGAGCUACCACAAACACUACAGCAAUACAGAUGUGGGUAGCCCAGGCAAGUCCCAGCAUUCACAUUACCAAGAAGUGGCUCAGCUAGGUUCCCCUGAACGGGUCAAGCUUUCAUCUAACAAAGCUACCCCUCAACAUCUCAAUGCAAAGCGGCUAGAUGACACUAACAAAGAGACAGCAACCAUCCCAGGACAUAAAAAUAAUGAGGAGAAGAUGGAGAUGAAAGUAUUCUCAACCCAAACCCUGCAAACUUUACCUGAACUGAACAUCAAUAGAAAAUCCUCUAAUGUGGCUGAUGAUUUGUCUGUUGAAAGAGGAGAAAGAAGCUCUCUGCUCCCCAAUGCUGAAAGUGGUCAAACUGGUGCUAGACUCCAGCGUAUUCCCCCUCCCUUGGAUCUAAGUCAGAUCAGCACCAUGGAGGCAAACAGGGCCCCUGGCAGCAUCCAGCCAAUGGCCAUAAUCAAAGAGGGUUUGUAUGAGUUUGUGUCCAGUCCCAGAGGAAGUAGGACUGGAGAUGUGGGUGUGGUGCCACAGAGUGUGGAAAACUUUGGGGUGCCCUAUGACAGCAUAUGUAGCUCAUUAAGAGAUUAUGGCAGCCCUCAAAACACAAGAGUCACCAAGGUUGACUUCAUUGGAUCCCAAGAUGAUGUGCUAAUGGCAGUGAUGACACCUGUGACAACCCCAGCCUCUGCUGGCUCAGCCAAGCUUGCUCAGUUACUUUCCGAUGACAUGGUUACUAGGUUUUCUACUUCUCCUAGCUCCGCAACACAGGAAAGUAAGUCUCCGCUGUCGAUCUUGCAAUCUGCGUCUCUGGCCCAGCAAUCUGUCAGUCCAAGCAACUCCCAGGGGGGAGGUGAGGGCUCAGCAGCCACAAGCUUAGAAGGUGAAGGGCAGCUCACAGGCUUAAGCCACCAGGGAAGGAAUCACAUGGAGAGGUCUGUUGUCGGCUCAGGCAGCAGUGCUAGCCCACUGUCAUCUAAAACCAGCCCGCUCAACUGCACCCAGGAGUUAGUAACUAUGGAGGGAGUGGAGGAAGUAGAAGGAAGGGAGGCAGUAGAACAAAUUGGAGAGAAACAGGAAAACCACAUCGUUCUGGACGGAAGCCUGACACCGCCCUGUGAAACGAGCAUGUGA